AUGGCGGGGAUGUCAUUAUAUCCUGGGAAGCAGUGCACGAGGUGUCAUAAUGAAUGUAGAUACUCUUACGUUUGUAAUUGUUGUCCGUGGUGUUGUAAGAUAUGUAGAGAUGAUUAUUGCGAUGUAUGUUUCGGAUAUGCGUUCAAGCGCCAAAGAAACAGAGAUCCAAGUUACAAAUGCGCUACUUUCAAUUGUAAAAUCAGAUGUGCAGGCAACGAGUACACAUGUGAAUGUGAGUGUUGUAAAGAGAAAAAGCGACGUGGAGAUGUCGUCGCUCCUCCUCCCCCCGCUCCACGCUCUACCUCUGAUUCCUCCGAUGCUCAGCCUCAAGCCGCCAAACUAGAGCUUUCCCCCCGUGACAAAGAUCAGACUCAAGAUCACGAUUCUCCACCUUCCCCCCCUCCGUACUCCGCCAUCGCCGCCGUCAUCGUUGCCAUCAUCGUCGCCAUCAUCCUGCUCGACCUGUGCAUCUUCCGCUUCCCGGUGGGCCGCAACAUCCGCGAUUUCCUCGUACGCAAGAUACCCUUCUGCAUCGCGUUCUACAGCUGA